GCGCGGCGAGGGCACCACGUGACCCGGGGCCGGGUUACUCCCCGAGCCCCGCCAUGUCAGCGCCGGCCCCGCCCCCGGGGAGGGGAAAUGGCGGGGCUAACGCCGCCCGCCCGUCAGCAGCCGGCCGGGCGCCGGCCUCGGUCUCGGGGGCGUCCCGGGGUCGGCGGUCUCGUCCCUCAGCCGCGGGGUGGGCAGUAGGGUCUGGACAGAGCCCGGAGGCUCCGCGGCUCCUUCCCUCGGGGGAGGCCGCAGCUCCUGUGGCGUUGCUGGGGUCGCCGGGGCCGCAUGCGCCGGCACCGGCCUGGCUCGGCUCGGCUCGGCUCCGUGAGGAGGGUGGCACAGAGCACACGCUAAACCCCGCUCUGAGUGGAGCAACGGACCGGCGCUGGAGUGUGAUACCUAGCGUGACCGAUACCGUCACGGUGGAAGAAACUGCUGCUUGCUUAAAUACAAACAGCAAAACUGCAAGUCAUGUGUUUUGCAUCGGUGAAGAAGAUGGUUUAAUGACUACGUUCACGCUAACAAUGGGAGCUAAUGUUCGUGAGAAAACUGCACGUACGCUGCGAAGUGUAAUUUCAAGGACAUUAGCUGGCUACUGCCAUCAAUUAAAGAGCCCAUUUGUCAAGUGCACUGUUAAAUGCUAUAGUAAUGUGUUGGUAUCGGUGUUAAAUCAUAGCGAUUUGAGGUUUGCAGAGUGUUGUAUGAUAUGGUAUGUUCAAAAUGUUAUUAGAGUUUCAUUGUUUAACUCCAGUCUGGUACAUCAGCAAGGUAGUAAACUGGAAAGAGGAGACUCAGAAUGUUACAGAAAUCUCACAGAAAGUGUAUUUGGCUUUAUUUUGUGUUCUGCUGUUAAACUGUGCCUAGCGCUUGAGUUGUUAAUCAAGUGCAAAUUACUCUCAGGAGUCUCUUCUCCUUCUCAUCAAUAUAUGGCUGUCCAGCAAUUAGCCUUCUUUAAAAGCAAAUAUUUUGAAAUUCAAGGAAAGUUGAUAGAGUAACAAGAACCCUUGUUUUACUCGGAUUACAAAAUGCAUAAGGAGGAGUUUGUGUACAGUUAUAUGGCUGAUAUUCGGAGGAUUUUUUUUAAAUAAAUAGGUUCUAGUGGCAAAUGGAAAGGUCUUCCAGAUGUCAUGAAUUCCUAUAGGCUGAUCUUUUAUCAGAAAAAAAUUCUAGCUUUCCUAGUUCUUUUUUAAAGAAAGCAGCCAAGCUAGAGAACAGUGGGGAAAAAAAGAUAAUAUUGCCCAUUUAGUGUCAGUGUCUCUGCUUUUUUGUGAUUUUUGUCAGUUUCGACACGGUAAAUUACUUCAUGUGUAGCUUUUACUACUGUUCUUGUUCACGUCACUGUUCAAAAAUUCAAAAAAGGUAGCUUGUUCUGCCACCUGAAAAAUAUGAACAGCAAAGGUAGAACUGGAGUAUGUGGUGAGAGGUUAAAAAAAAUGCAAAUUACCUCUGUCCAGUUCUUGCAUCAGCUAAGAAGCUUUCUGAGAAGUAAGAAUGACUUCUUUGAGGGCUCUUGCCUUAGGGAGAGAGAAUGAGUGAGAAUGGACUUCCUGUAUUGGUGAUUAAUUUUCAGGUUUGAAACCUAGUUGUUAAAUGGUGACAGCUGUUUCUUUAAUGUUGAGUACCUGACAUUAUGUUCCUUUCAGUACGUACUUGAUAAUACAAAUGUAGUGCUUUCAAUACACUGUUAAUAGUUUAUACAGAGUACAGAAAAACAAAACCUUCCCAGGACAGGAAAGGCUGCCAGUGAUUCUGGAAAUUCACAGUAAAUUUGGGAGUUCUUUUGCCUAUUAAAACUUUUAAGUUUUUUAUAUUAUAUAUUUGCCUUUCAUAGGGUGUCACUACAGGUUUUAGAGGUGACUCCUCUGAAAACUGAGUGUUAAAUACUCAUUGUUGUUUAUGUAUUGGGUAUUGUUUUAUUAUUAAUCUUAUUAUUUUAAAAAUCUGCUUCUGUAACAUGUUUGUAAUCAGACUUAUGCAUAAUUGGAUUUUAUGUAACCUGCAGGGGGAAAAGAUAAUGUAAGUGUACCCCAGUGUGUUUCAGAAUUGUCUAAUACAAGCACUGGUAGCUGCAGUGCCUUUGUGCUUGAUGGGCUAGCUAUGUUAGUGCUUACCUUGCUGUGCUAAGCUCUGUGCCCAUUCCCCUACCAAGCUAAAGUCUGGUGUGGUUGUGUCUGUGCUAUAAUGUGGUUCUGGUUCCGCCUGCAGUAUAGACAAAUCCUUCGGGUUUGCAGAAUUAUCCCUGGCUACUUUUGUUCAUUGAAAGUUAAAUUCUGAUUCCUCAGGGGCUGAAUGUUAGGAUUUGGGGGUGGGAAGGGGUGAAGUAGGUUAAUUACUGCAGCUUUAGACUUAAGUCUGGGUUUUACUAGGCUAUGACUUGUCUAUUCAAAGCAGAUCUGCUUCAUCAAGAUAAUAUGCUCAGUAAUUUUGAAGUAAAAUUUGCCAUUGCUUGUAUUGUAUUGUGACUACCUGUAGAGAGAGGAGACAAUCAUAUAACUUCUUACUGAAAAGCAUGUUCUUUUCAUUAUACUUUUGUCAAUUUUACGUUUGCAGGUACUUGAGCUCGCAGCGGGUUUAUUUAAAGUUGCUUUUAUAACAACAUUAGGCACUGUAUAAAUAUAUGGUGUACGAUGCCCAGCAUUGUGUUACAUCUCUGUACAAUAUAAAGGAUGGUCCUUGUCUCAAAGACCAUGUAAUCCAGUGUGGCUCCUACAGCAUUUAGUAUCAUUCUUUAUUGUUCAUGUAACACAUAUUUUAAAAUAUUGAUCCAUAUUAUUCCAUAUGUCUUAUGUUCAACAGUUUUGACUUGUGUUGGUGCACGGGUUUAGUUUGUUCAGCUUGCUUACUUUUGUUUCUGACAGAUGGGCAAUAAAUGUCCACACCAAUGUAUGGAAAUUGCUGUUGAGAACAAAUUAUGGUUACUUGAUGUAAUGAUUCUUUUUGUCUUUGUACAAGCUGAUGAAAUACUUGUGCAAGUCUUAUUCAAGCUUGUUGAAAUCUGAAAUGUUUUUGAAAUCGGUAUAGUCCUUGUCAUUUUAUACAUAAUGAAAUACAAGUUUAACUGAAUUUGUUAGCUUAAGCAUUUAAAGUUUUACAUAAUCAUAUGUCUGUCAUUUUUUUUUUUCUUGCAGUAACAUUAAGUCUUGAUCUUUGAAGAUGUUAAGAAUCCUAAAUUUUGCUCAGUCUCCUAAAUUAUUAUUGGCAUCAUGCAUCAUUAUUGACAAAGAAAAUAGCUGACAACAAUCAUCUAUAAAAAUGUCAUAUUCCUUGUCCUUUGAUUAUCUGUGUUGGCCUACUAGUGUUUCUCUAACUCAUUCAAUAAGGAUUAGUUAUCACUUGCAGAUUAUCACACUCUAAUUUACUGCUGUAAUUUAACCUAUGGAGCAAUUUUUUUAAUUUUUUUUUUCUUUAACUAGAAUUUCCUGGAAUCCCAUGUUCUCCAGAAAGCAAAACUGAUUUUCCUGCAACGUUCAAUAUAUUGCUGUGGCUUUAUAUUCUUUAUUAAAAUAAUACUGUGUAUGUUUA